UUUCUAACUAGCUGCCUGUUUCAUCACCUCCUCACCGGGACAGUGUUUCCAGUCAGAGAUUUAAAAUAUGGUGAAGCUACAGCUGCCCAAUCCUGGCCUGGAUGACAGGAUACCUUCCCAUGCACAACUGGAGGUCCUUGAGAAAGAAGAGGCAGACUCCAGACCAAAAUGGGACAACAAGGCUCAGUAUAUGCUGACGUGUGUAGGGUUUUGUGUGGGCUUAGGAAAUGUGUGGCGGUUUCCCUAUCUCUGUCAGAGCCAUGGAGGAGGAGCCUUCAUGAUCCCUUUCCUGAUUUUGCUAGUCUUGGAGGGUAUCCCUCUGCUUCAUCUUGAGUUUGCCAUUGGUCAAAGGCUGAGGAAAGGCAGCGUGGGUGUUUGGAGUUCUAUCCACCCUACCCUGAAAGGGGUCGGCAUAGCAGCAAUGUUUGUAUCCUUCCUGGUGGGUUUAUAUUACAAUACUAUUAUUGCCUGGGUGAUGUGGUAUUUCUUCAACUCCUUCCAAGAGCCCCUGCCCUGGAGUAGCUGUCCCCUCAAUGAGAACAGAACAGAUUACAUAGAAGAAUGUGCCAAGAGCUCUCCUGUAGAUUAUUUCUUCUACAGAGAAACAUUAAACACCUCCACUUCCAUUGAGGAUUCAGGCACUAUACAGUGGUGGCUUUUUUUAUGUUUAACAUGUGCAUGGGGAGUAUUGUAUGUGUGCACAAUCAGAGGCAUCGAAACAACAGGAAAGGCUGUGUACAUAACAUCAACUCUUCCAUACCUUGUGCUCACCAUUUUCCUAAUCCGGGGUCUGACACUGAAAGGAUCAACCAGUGGAAUUGUGUAUCUCUUCACCCCUAAUGUUACUGAGCUGGCUAACCCAGUGACGUGGCUGGAUGCAGGUGCUCAAGUGUUUUACUCUUUCUCCCUGGCCUUUGGAGGCCUCAUUUCAUUCUCCAGUUACAACUCUAUUCACAAUAACUGUGAGAAAGAUGCCCUGAUUAUCUCAGUGAUCAAUGGUUUCACAUCCAUCUAUGCAGCAACUGUCAUAUACUCCAUCAUUGGAUUCAGAGCCACAGAAAGAUAUGAUGACUGUUUUGACAAAAAUAUUCUUACUCUGAUGAAUGCCUUUGAUUUGCCAGAAGGUAAUGUAACCCAAGAUAACUUUGAGCAAAUGCAGCAGCUAUGUAACAUGACUGAUCCGAUGACUUUUGCAAGCCUAAAGUUUGAAACCUGUCAUCUGGAAAGUUUCCUGAACGAU